AACAACAAAAAAAACAAAAGACUGCUUCCUCAAGCUAGUGGGAGCUUUCACAAACCAGUUUUGCAAGUCUGACCACGCUGUAUCUAGACAUCCCAGUCAGGUUUGUCAUCAUUUUAUAAUUGCUGGCAUGGUGAUCUCAGGUACCUGUUGUGGAAAAUGGGCAACUGUGGCUGCUCUUGCUGUAAAUGUUGCUGUUGGCUGUGCUGUAAAGAAGAACCAAAGCAACACAAGCCUAUACGAGUGACUUCCCUCUACGAUUACCGCUGCCGUACCCUGAGAGACCUGAAGCUCAACAAAGGAGAUAUACUUGAAGUGAUUGAAGAAAACCAGCACUGGCUUUAUGUAAGGAAAUGCUCAGUGAAGAAUCAGGAAGGCUACGUACCCAAAGUCUUGGUGAAACCUGUGGACAGUUUGGAGGCAAAGGUAUGGUAUUUUGAAAACGUCACAAAACGCAUUGAGGCCAAGAGAUGUCUUCUGAGACCAGAAAACAACGAGGGAGCAUAUCUUGUGUGGAGAAGUGCAGAGAAUCAUUUUUUCUACCUGUCAGUAAAGGAUGGGCCAUAUGUAAGGCACUACAGGAUUAAAGAGGGAGAAGCUGGUAAGCUGUUUUUCCUUGUCAGUCAGAAAACAUUCCCGACUGUGAGUGACUUAGUGGAACACUAUUCCAAGAAUCAGGAUGGGCUCUGUACACAGCUUAACGCUCCUUGUGUUAUGCUGGAUCAACCAUCCCUUCCCACCCUAUCAUAUGAUGCAGAGUGGGAAGUGGACAGAAGCUCUCUGGCCAAAGUGGAGAAGCUUGGCAGCGGGGAAUUUGCUGAAGUGUGGCAUGGAGUGUGGAACAAAAACAUAGAUGUAGCCAUUAAAGAAUUUCGAGUCAUUAGCCCUGAGAUCCAGACAGAGAUAAAGAUCAUGAAAGAGUAUAAACAUGAACGGCUGCUGAAGCUGUACGGAGUGUGCACAGUCAGCGAGCCCUUCUGUCUCAUCACAGAGCUCAUGAAAAAUGGGAGUUUGAAGAAAUACCUCAUCAGCCACAGGGAGAGGAAAGAUAUUGCAUUUUCCCUCAUGAUUGAUUUUGCAGUGCAGGUGACAGAAGGGAUGGCAUACCUGGAGAGCAAGAACAUAGUUCACCGAGACCUGAGAGCUGAUAACAUCCUACUGACUGACAUGCAGUUUUGCAAGAUAGCAGAUUUUGGACUCGCUGACUUUACUUUGCCAGGAGACCGGGAAAGUACAUUUGCUGUAAAAGUUCCUAUAAAAUGGAUGGCACCAGAAAUUUUUGACAAUCAGGUGUACACCAGCAAGUGUGAUGUCUGGUCUUUCGGGAUCCUCCUGACUGAAAUUGUCACCUACGGAAAUGACCCAUACCCAGAUAAAGACAAAUUAGCCUGCAUUCAAGCCAUUAGGAGAGGAUACAGGAUGGAGCAGCCACAAGCCUGUCCUUCAUCACUGUACGAGAUCAUGAAGCUCUGCUGGAGAACCGACCCUGAUGAGAGACCUGGGUUUACAGUGCUUCAGGAGAAGUUAAUGGGUCUUGUUUCAGAACCCAUCUCUGAACUGGAGUAGGACUUUGCCGUUGUGGAGAUAAGCUGAGAUAUUUUAGACUCUUAUCUACGAAACCAAGUGAAUGAAGAAGCCAACUGACUGUAUUUCCUUAAUACGCAGAAUUGCAACCAUCAAAAAAUCUAAUUCAGAUGCAGUGUAUUCAUCAAAACAAAUGAAGGAACAACUUGUUCUGGAAAGGCCAUCAUACAGCUGUAUUGGUGUCAACAAGGGAGCCUAAUGCAGAUUUACUGGAAUCGCUACUCCAGCCUGAGAACUGAAAGACUUUUACUUGGACUGUGGCUGUGCUCUCAUUUAAAAUGCAUACGAAUGCUCACUAAUUUUACUGGGUGAUUAUUCUAAAGUGAACAAAGAGCUGUUACUGAUCUGGUUAAACAAUUUGUAACCAGCAGCUGUACAAAAGCAAGUCAAAAACUAUGCUUGAAUUUUUUUUCACUGCUCUUGGAAAAUCACAGUGUGUAACACAGAUAACACAGAAUGUUACAAGAAUGUUUAGCAGUGUUUUGUUCCAAAAGGUUUAGCCUGUAACAUUACAGAAAUAAUAUUUACCCCUAUAACAAGAAGAGCCAGGUAGUAUACAUAACAGAGAUAAAAGAGAGGUGGUGACAUGUUGUGAAAACUUGUCAUGGAUAUAUGAACAAGAUAAAUUAGGAGGAGGGUCUUCUGACAUGUUUCUUCUUUCAUAAUGUUAUUAUUUUAUACCUCCACUAAUGCAGAGCUCAGGCUGCAGGUCUGGAGUUGGGAAACGCAGCUUUAGACAGUUAAAUAAUACCUGUCCCAGAUUGAGACCAAUGCGAGUCAGCUUUAAUCCUUUCUCCCAGCUAAAGAUACUCCUUACAGAGGCAAUGGGAUUAGCAUGACGCAAGUACUAUUUCAGUUACUGGCCGCAAAGGAACUGUGCCAUGCGUCUGUUCUUGUCUACACACACCAAAACAUACUAUAUAUAUGUAUAUAUAUACAUAUAUAUAUAUAUAUAUAUAUAUAUAUAUAUAUAUAUAGACACGACACAGAAGUUCAAAUUACGUUUUCUGCUUCGGUUCAAUCAAAGUGAAAUUACAAUAUUAGUGAAUGUUGAGAUUUUAGUAAAUGUACAAUAAGAGUAACAACAUAAAUAUUUUAUUAAAUAUACAGUAGAAUAACAACAUUUCUACAAACGUUGGCCAUGUGCUUUACGUACCAUGCAUUAAAUGUUCGAGGUUUGAAAUGCAGUACCCAGCCAGCCAGUUAGCAGCAUCAGAAAAAAAAAACUACAGCAAUCA